GCGCACUAACGGGCCAAAUGAGUCGUUCCAUGAAUAGCUCGACCCUGUCAAGGCAAUGGCCAGUUCAUCUCUCUUUUGGAUCAUUUAUACAGUAGUGAAGCCGAUAGAUUGUCAAUUAAUAAUGCAGAUAAAACUAGGACUUGUUUUAGAAUUGGGCUUUCCUGUAAAAAAGAUAAAUUGGGCUUUGAUAUUUUUUUUUUUUUUUUUGUUAUUGAGUUGCCAAACAUUAAAGCUCUUCUAAUCCCUUUUCCUUCUUUUUAGUCCCAACAUUUAGUUUCUGCAACAGUUUCUCUCUUUCUCUAUUUCUCAUUCUUCAAGCUUCUAUAUUUUACCUUCCCUUUGUUUUCUUUUCCUGCUUUUAUCCGUCUAAACAUCUUUGAACCUACAUUAAUAUUGUACAUACCAGUUUCUUAUUGAAACAUAAAAAAUUAUGCCUAAUAAAUGGGUUAUUUCUCUUCUCAUAUGCCUGAUUAUUUUCAAUGAUGAUGUCUCAUUAGUUUCUGCAUCUCCUCCUGCAAGGAUAGUUGCAGGGAUAGUCACCAAUGCAAUGUCUACUCUUUUCAAAUGGCUUUGGUCUCUAAGAGCUCCAGUCCUCAAAUCAGACAAAGCUGUUUCCACCCGAUCAUUGAUGAAAUUUGAGGCUGGAUAUACGGUAGAGACGGUUUUCGACGGGAAUAAGGCUGGGAUUGAGCCUUAUUCUAUUGAAGUAUCUCCAACAGGAGAGCUUCUAGUCUUGGAUUCUGCUAACAGUAAUCUCUACAAGAUUUCAACACCAUUAUCCCGAUAUAGCAGGCCAAAACAUGUAGUUGGAUCACCAGAAGGGUACACAGGGCAUGUAGAUGGGAAACUAAGAGAAGCAAGAAUGUAUAACCCCAAAGGCCUAACUGUUGAUGACAGUGGAAACAUCUACAUAGCUGACACCAUGAAUAUGGCCAUCAGGAAAAUCAGUGACACAGGAAUUACUACAAUAGCCGGAGGAAGAUGGAGCCAUGGAGGAGCUCACAUGGAUGGAGCGAGUGAAGAUGCAAAAUUUUCUGAUGAUUUCGACUUGAUCUAUGUAAGAAGUAGCUGCUCUCUCCUGGUCACGGAUAGAGGAAACCAAGCAAUCCGAGAAAUCCAACUCCACGAUUCUGAUUGUUCUUAUGAGCAGCCAGAUGAACUUCAACAUGAGCAGCAGCACGACGAAAACUUUUAUAUAGGUGUGGCAGUACUUAUUGCAACUGCGUUCUCUGGAUACAUGUUAGCAUUGGUCAAGCAGAGAGUGCAGGCCUUAUUUUCUCCUAAGAGAGAUCCAAGAAUGCAGAUGAAUAAUCAAGCAAUCACGGUACCAUAUCAGAGACCUCCAAUAUCAGUCAGGCCUCCAUUAAUUCCACCAGCAGAUGAUGAAUUUGAGGAAGACGACGAAGGAUUAUUUUUCUCAUUUGGCAGACUCAUAAUCAAUGCCAGUUCCUCAGUGGCUGAAGUCUUUGCUGGGUUUCUAUUUUCGGGAUUCAGAAAGAAGAAACCACGACAUCCAGAACAGAGACAUUUCCAGCACCUAAACAGGCACCAAGAUCCUUGGUCUAUGCAAAAUAGUUAUGCCAUGAGAGAUGAAGAUGGGCCCCCGGGAUUAGAAGCUCGGACAGCUAUCAUGAGAAAAGCAUAUCCCCAACCUCAACUGAGACAAAACCAGGCUUAUUAUGAGGGGCGGGAUGUUGAGUUUCAUCAGAAUCAAGGGAAGAAUCAACAACAGGAGGUGCAGCAGGAACAACAGCUGCAGCAGCAGCAGCCGCCACAGCAACAGAAGCAGAAGCAGCAGCCAAGGAAGAGUGCAUCUAAUCCAAAGACUUCUUGUGAGAAGGGGUCUGAUAAGAGUGAGAUCGUAUUUGGAGCAGUUCAAGAACAGGAUGGAAGGCGUGAGGCAAUGGUCAUAAAAGCUGUUGACUAUAAUGACCCUGCUUAUAAUCAACACAAUAUUCGACCUCGGGUAAACUACAUGGGUUACUCAUCAUACAUCUAUUCAUAGUCUUACACAACAAACCAUACAUACUGCAUAAUAUUAUAAAUUUACAAAAAAACUUGAGGUGCUCUUCUUGGUACAGAUUUGAGAAGAUGGCAUAGCAAGGUUCUCUAAGUUUCGCUUAGAAAGAGGUUAUAACCUUUAUAAACAGUACCGCAUUCAAUAUAGAAUCACAUUGUGAGAUUUUGAUAGCAAGAGUGGUCGUAGAUCAUCCUUGGAAAGGAUUUUGUUGAUUUCAAGAGUGUGUACAAAACACUCUCCUAGAAAAGUGGAUUUCCUAUUUUCUUUUGUUUUGUUUGUAAAGGUUAAAAACUAGUUUUCUCAAAACUGCAAAAUAGUUAUUCCAUGGAUGGAGAUCAUUUCCUUUUCUAGAAGAAGGGAAGCCAUAUUUCCUCCCUAAACUUUUUGUCUUCUCCAAUCCAUCCCCAUCCCCUCAUUUUCAUUUUUCUUUUCUUUAUUUAUAAUGUUUCUUGUAAGGAACCAAACAGAGGACAAUAUUUACAACUGUAAUCUCCCAAGGAAAAUUAUUUUCAUAGAUUUCUUUUUCCAUUGAAAAUGUAAUCCAACCAAUUAGAUCCUCAAGACAAUUUUCGUAAAGUUUGGUUCCAGAUGAUUGAGAAGAGAGGUUAAUUACUAAGGAUUCACUGAAAUAUCCUGCUCAAAAGAAUUACGCGAAUGCCUGCUUGAUUUGAUAAUUAUAGUAGAAUUGACAGGAAAAGCAGGCGAAUACAGUAGGAAACAGCAUACAAUGAGGUAAGCACUAGCACUACAGAAAAAUUUCCACUUGUAACCUGUAAUCUCAAUCAAAUUGAAGUCAUAUCAUAUAGCAAUUCAGGCUUAGUGUGGUCUGUCAUGGCAUUGGCCCUUACCAGUUACAAUUGUAUUAAGCUCUUCCACAAAUGCUGUCAUCAGUGCUUUUCAACAGAGGAGCAUUUUGAUCAUAAGUGGACUCAAACUUACUGACACUUUUUGCAGCCAGAUCAUCCUUUUCUCUAGCUUGUCCCCAGA